AUGGACAGAAAGCGUGGAAAAUAUGUAGUGAAUAUUGAACAAUCUGGGAACCAGCCACCAAUCACCUGUUCCGAUGACCAAGAGGCUCACAGCUCUGCAUGCUGGCGUUCACCUUCAAACAUAACUGGUGAUGUCUCUUCCAACUUACGUGGGGUCUGCGUGAGUCCAGGAGUCCUUGUGCAGUCAGGAUACCCACAGACAGAAUUAUGCAAUACACAGGUGAAAGAAAAUUGGUGCAAUAACUGGUCUCUGUGGAAAUUCUUUCUGGCUUGUCUCUUAGCCUGUGUGAUAACAACAGCAAUUGGAGUACUCAUAAUAUGCCUGGUGAAUAAUAGAGGAAAUGACAAUUCAUCCAUUGUUAUCCAGCUACCCUCAAACAACGGGGAGCCUGUUGUUAUCAUUCCUGGAAGAACCUCUACUACUUCUCAAUCUACAGUGACCACCACUUCAACAGAACCUACAACUACAACCACUUCAACAGAAUCAACAACCACUGCAACGUCCACUGAACCCACAACCACAACACCCACAACCACCACUUCAACUGAACCCACAACCACAGCAACUACAACCGUCACUUCAACUGAACCCACAACCACAGCAGCCACAACAGUCACUUCAACCGAACCCACAACCACAGCAGCCACAACUGUCACUUCAACUGAACCCACAACCACAGCAGCCACAACAGUUGCUUCAACCAAACCCACAACCACAGCAGCCACAACCGUCACUUCAACUGAACCCACAGCCACAACAGCCACAACCAUCACUUCAACUGAACCCACAACCACAGCAGCCACAACCGUCACUUCAACUGAACCCACAGCCACAACAGCCACAACCAUCACUUCAGCCUAA